GCGUAUCUAGAUUCAGUAUCCGUUCAACGUGCAGCGGUCUCUAGAAGCAAGCGUUUAUGUAUGAUGUACUUUCGUUUUCGAAACGGCUGCAACCUGAUUGAUCUCGCGUGACCUGAGUCAAGCGUGCGGCUUUGAUGCCGAACGUUGGCAAAACCUAGUGUAGAUUACAGUUUGUAGCUACGGUUAAUGGUACAAAUCACUGCUGUCAGUAACUGGUAUUGAGAAAAGCAACAGUUUUCGUGACAUUAUUGUUUAGCGAAGAAAUUAUACUUUCGGUUCCAGCACUUUUGCCGUGAGCAAAGUUUUCCUUUCAAUUUCCACUAUCAGUCGGCUAUCACCCUCCAACUCCCUACUGUACGAACUCGUAACUGCAGCAUUAACGAAACUUGUUUGAUCAAUAUCCGGAGGACUUCUGUUUUGAAGCACCAGUGCAAUAAUAUCAGUGUGCCGCGAAAGCUAGAACCGAGUGAUACAAAAUUGUCUUGCAGAGCACCCUGAGAGCAUUGUUUUUGCAGUCACUUAGCUCUGCUAAUUAAUUACCUCACCCCCGCUUCUUGAGUAGUUCAAUGGUGGGGUGGCAGCACAAUCGACAUCUGAAAGUAACUUUCCCGUAAACCGCGCUCGGUGAUAACAAGUCGCGAUCAGUUAAACAGUGACGGACGGUCAGUCGAGGCGUGCAAAGUCAAGUUCUCCUCUAACGGAAGAGAUACCAUGAUUCCAAUGUUUAGCAAAUUUGAGUUUAAAGAAGGUGUCAAGCAGAUCGUCGGUGUGUCGGAUAUCACCGAAAACCGCAACAUAUGGCGUAUGUUGAUUGCGGAAUUCCUCGGCACUUUCUUCCUGGUAUCGGUCGGUAUCGGUAGCACGAUGGGCUGGGGCGAUGGAUACGAACCCUCGAUGACGCAGAUCGCGUUCACCUUCGGUCUGGUGGUGGCUACGUUGGCCCAGGCGUUCGGCCACGUGAGCGGCUGCCACAUCAACCCGGCGGUUACAAUUGGUCUAAUGGUAACGGCCGACAUCAGCAUACUAAAGGGAGCCUUCUACAUCGUGUCGCAAUGUGUGGGAGCGAUCGCAGGUGCUGCACUUAUUAAGGCGGCCACUCCAUCCGAUGUCAUUGGGGGACUGGGCGUUACCGGAAUCGACCCGCGGCUGACUCCCGGUCAGGGAGUCAUGAUUGAAGCCCUAAUCACCUUUAUCCUGGUGUUCGUUGUUCAUGGCGUCUGUGACAAUCGUCGUUCCGACAUCAAAGGAUCCGCUCCACUAGCGAUCGGACUAUCUAUUACUGCCGGUCAUCUCAGCGCGAUUAAGUACACGGGUGCUAGCAUGAACCCGGCCCGUUCAUUUGGGCCCGCCGUUGUGAUGGGCAACUGGGUCGAUCAGUGGGUAUACUGGGUCGGCCCAAUUGUCGGGGGCAUCCUCGCUGGUGCUAUCUAUCGUCUGUUCUUCAAAGUAAGAAAAGGUGACGAGGAAUCCGGUUCUUAUGAUUUUUAAAUGCUCACAAUAUCAAUCUCGUUAUUUUCUUUAACUAAAUUUAAUCCCCUAGCUGAAUUAAAUAACCACUAACAUGUAUUUACUUCCCGAUUUUUCUUGUCCCUUUAUUUUAGAUGAACACUAACAAAGUAGGCCAAGUGACUAACGACGUUCAGUACAUAUAGUCGCGGGCUAGCCCAUCUCCCACAUAUGUAGUUAUCGAUAGUACCAUAAGUUAUCUAAUGUGAACAAAAACUAAACAAAAUCAGCAUCAGCUACUACCAUUCAUCCCCGUUUAGGAGAAACCAGCCACGGAGAAAUGUGCGUACUAACUUGCUAACAAAAAAUUAGGAAACCGAAGCAAUAAGUGCAAAACGGCAAGCCAGGGAAUGUUCCUGUGCUAAAACAAAUUCCACCUAAAUUACAACGCCAAAUUCAAGCAAGAUAUAUUCUAAAUCUUAGCGCAUCAAAAUCUUCUUGCACACUUUAUUUGGGAACUAGUAAUUGUACUACCCUAAGAAUCCUGUUCCUCGCCCAUCUGGUAACUUCAACGCCAAAGAAUAUUAUUGCACAUUUUCGGAUGCUAAGAACCUAACUACACGCUUUCGGAGAGCAGUUUUUGUUAAGUGUAUAUAAUCAUCUAAUCUUUUGAGUGAGUCUUCCUUGAAAACACAGAUUUCACAUUCUUAAAUCUAACAACAAAAUUAGAUCUUCUAUUUACAACAGUUGCUUUUGUACAGAUUCGAAAUCUGCUACAUUUAACCUGUUUUGUGACGUAAAACACUUGUAAAUAAAUUACUGUCCUAAAUUAUCUCUCGCCCUAUACAUAUCUAAAUAAUCUAAGUUGUAAGCUAAAACUGAUCAGGGUGCUGGGUUCGAUUAAUAAAACUUAGCCUUUUUAAUCGAUGUACUGGGAAAAAUCUAAAAUUAAUCGUUCAAUGAUUCAUCAAAAUCUGCUUUCGAUCAUUACCUGUUACUAAUAACUUCAAAUGAAACUCUAUUCACACCAUAAUAUGUCUAAAAUAGAUAAUACACCUGUAAUAUUUUUGUUAUGUUGGCAGAUGAGAAUUUGCGUUUCAUAUUGUUAUUCAUUGUUUUCAAUUCUUAAUUAUUAUUUAAAUCAAUUCUGCUACCUAUUUUUCCUGAACUGUUAUUGAAAAUAAAGUAGUGGGAUGUAUCAGAUAGUUGAAACAAAUGCAGCUUGAAUGGUCUAAAUAAUUAUCGCAAAAGUGCCUUUUACAUAGGGUGGUCAUGAUUUGCAACAUACAAAACAUUCAAUUUUGCAAAUGAAGCAUGAGAUCUCGAAACAAUUGCAAAAGAUUUUUGAAAGUAUGAUUUUUGUUAGCGUUGCUGAAGAUAGAAUUAAGACCCUAUUACGAUAUAUCUAAGCUGACCAACUCAGACAGCUCACAAUACGUAUGUUAGACGUUAACUCAGGUCAGAUUUGCAUGGUAUUCUUCACCGUAUUGUUCAUCGAAACCUGAUCGCAACUGAACAAAUUUACAGAAUCUAUAAUAGCUUAUGAGAAACCACUUGACCACCUUACUGUCUAUGGUACAUAUGUUUUGUGACUAAUGCAUGCAUAUAACUGUAUAUAUAACAAUGCUGCGAGUGCGGUGAGAAUUUUGCAAAACUUAAUCGAUUGAAUCCCAUUUGUAUCUUCUUGUAUGUAUUAUAUACAUUGGAAUUUACACACGUUUUUAUUUUAAAAAGAUAUGUUAAAUAAAAAUCAUAAACAUAGAA